AUGAAAUUUAAAAAUAAAUUUUGUAACAAAAGAAUAAGACGAGUGUGUUCAUAUUUAAUAGAAAACAAAACAGCUUCGUAUGAGCUGUUUACAAAGAUGGGACUGAGGAGAAAAUGUUCUGCAAGAACUGUGCUUCAACAGCUCUUUAUAACAAUUAUUAUGAUGACUAUUUUGAUGCUUUCAAUUUUUGCAAUAUUUCAAGUGAAUAAUGAGCUCAUUGGUGUUAAGGAGUUGGAGGAUCUCGAUAAUGAUGUAUUGCUCGGCGAUUACUUAUUAGAUAGUGAAAACUGCAAAAUACCAAAUUUGAGUCCAUUUUCCAAGGAAGCGAUGAGUGUCUACAAAGCAUUGCCCCCAAAAAAGUGCCACAGUCUUAUGCCGUUGACUUCAAUUGAUGGAGAUAAACUGAUAAUAAAUGAGAAGCAUAAAGCAAGCUAUUUAUCGUGGUAUCAAAAUGAAAUAAAAUGCUGCUACCAACGAAUUACACGAGCUGGAUCUAAUAAAACAGCUGACAAUGAAUAUUCAUUAUCAAAAUGUACAAAUUUUGUCUCAGGACACGCACUUGACCGCAAAGACGAAUUCAUUUUAGUGUCAUGCGUAGGCUACUACAAUGCCAGAGUAAUUAAGCGCAUUCAAUCUGAUGUAUAUAUGAAUGCACACGCGAUCAUCAUGUCAAAGGAGAGUGUAAAUAAGAAACUUAAGGUAAACAACAAGAACUCUUCGAUGAAUGUUUUAUUGAUUGGAAUUGACAGUAUAUCAAGAUUGAAUCUUAUUAGAUCAAUGCCAAAUACUUUUAGAUAUCUUAAAGAUAAUAACUGGUAUGACAUGAAAGUUUUUAAUAAAAUGGCUUACAAUACAUUCCCAAAUUUGAUGGCAAUAUUAACGGGACUGAAUGAAAGUGAUGUCGAGCAUAAAUGCCAUCCAAGACAUGUUGGUGAACUUGAAAAAUGUAAAUUCCUAUGGAAUGACUUUAAUGAUGCAAAUUAUGCAAAUGCUUAUGCUGAAGACUCAAUGUCAUUGACAACUUUCAAUUAUUACAAGACGGGAUUUAUCAAUCAGCCUACUGACUACUACUUUAGGCCAUUUGGAUUAGCUGCUGAGAAUUUUUUAAAGAAAUCUUUUGAGAAACCUUGGCUCUCGAUGUGCCUAGGAUAUGAGCAUUAUGCUGACUUUAUAUACAGAUAUGCUGUAGACUUCUCGAAGAAAUAUCAGAACGACUCAUUUUUCGGGUUGUUCUGGACGAACUCUUUUAGUCACGAUGAUUUAAGCAUGCCAUCAGAAUAUGACCAAAAAAUGAAGCUCUAUCUACAGCAAUUAGAGGAACAAGGAACAUUAAAUAAUACAAUUGUGAUGUUCUUUAGUGAUCAUGGAAUGCGUUUUGGUGGAAUUAGAAAAUUCUUUACUGGAUGGUUAGAGGAACGGAUGCCUUACUUAUUUUUCUGGUUACCUGAGAAAUUUAGGAAUGAUUAUCCUGAAUUGGCUGAGAAUUUAAAAGUCAAUGAGCAUCGCCUUAUUAGUCCAUUCGAUUUACAUGUGACAAUGAAGCACAUUCUGAAGCUUUAUGGUAAAUACAAUGGAGAUUUAAGUUCUGAAAGCUGUGAAGAAUGUCAAAGUAUCUUCAAUGAAGUUCCACAUAAUCGAUCGUGCCUUGAUGCUGGUAUUAGUAAUGUCUGGUGUGGGUGUUCGUCAUUCAAUGAGACUGAUCACAAGUCCAAAGCAGUCGAGAAAGCUGCAAACUUUGCUGUAAAAGUUCUCAACACAGACAUGCAGCACCUCAAAAGCUGUGCAAAAUUGAAACUCAAUAAAAUUUCAUCAGCACGAGAGUCAAAGCAUGGUUCAACGACUGAUUAUCUUGUAUCAUUUGAUGUUUUACCUUCAAAAGGUCAAAUGGAAGCGACAGUGAGAUGCAAUGAACAGUGUAAGGAACUGGAUAUUGUUGGUGAAAUAUCUCGUAUUAAUCGAUAUGGAAAUCAAAGUUGGUGCAUAAGUGAUGCGCAUCUGAGAAAAUAUUGCUUCUGUAAAUGA